UACAAGUUAAAACCUCAUUAUCCCAAAACUAAGCAGCCAUCCCAGUCCAAAGCUUCCCCAGAUAUGAAAUUUGCUCAAGUUAUACUUUUCAUAUUGAUGGUGUCCUUAAAGCCAGCUAUCACCCCGGCAGCAGCAUACCCUUAUUUACGCAUAGCGAAGGAUGGCUGCAGUGAUACCUGCGGAAAUAUAAAGAUCCCGUACCCAUUUGGCAUGACAAAAGAUUGUUAUCUGAAGUCCAACUUUUCAGUCACUUGUAACCAUUCUUAUAAUCCUCCCAAAUUAUUUCUACAAGACUCACACGUUAACGUCACAAAAAUAUCCCUUGAAGGUCAAUUGAACAUUCUGAAGUUUGUAGCUCGCAAAUGUCCUGAUCAACCGGAAUCUGAUCAUGAACCCUCUUUCCGAUUUCCCGAAUUCACAAUCAAUAGUACCGUUAACAAAUUCACAGCAGUUGGCUGCGACACCUAUGGUUUUCUCCAAAGCUUCCACUCUGUCAAGGGGACUGCUGUAGAUCAAACUAUUGGGUGCAUCACCAUGUGUUUCAACCCGUCUGCCGUGGUUAAUGGUUCCUCGUCCGGCGGUGGAUGCUGCCAGACAUCAAUCCCGCAAGGAAUGACAAAUUUCGAGUUGAAAGCGGAAAGUUAUUACAGUCAUAGAUAUGUUAAAGAGUUCAGUCCUUGUAGCUUUGCCUUUGUUGUUGAAGAAGGUAAGUUCAACUUUACUUUCGACAACCUUACCAAUUUACGGGGGGUAGACAAACUUCCUAUGGUACUUGACUGGGGGAUUGGAGAUGAAAAUCAGACGUGUGAAACAGAAAGAAAGGACUCGACUACUUAUGCUUGUCAGCAAAAUACCUAUUGUGUAAAUGGAAAAGGUAAUUACAGGGGAUAUCGUUGUUUCUGCAACGAGGGUUAUGAAGGUAAUCCUUACUUGCCAAAUACUGGUUGCCAAGAUAUUGAUGAAUGUCAAAAAGAAGAGACCAAUAAUUGCAAAUUCAAAAAACUUUGCAAAAACGUCGAAGGAGGCUACAAUUGCUCUUGCCCGAUGGGGUACCUUCAGAAAGAUGAUGGAAAAGGGAGUGAAGGUUGCAUCCCUAAACCUAAGAAAAGUUAUCAAGCACUUGUGGCUGGUAUUCUUGAAGGUGUUGCUGUGGGCACUAUGGUUCUGCUAAUGGUCUGUUCUUGGUGCUUGUACGUGUCCAAGAAAAGAAAGAUGAUGUGGCUGAAGGAAAAAUUCUUUCGAGAAAAUGGAGGGCUACUCCUACAAAAGCGACUCAAUGGACAAGAAGAAUCCUCAAAUGCCCCAAGAAUUUUCAGUGGCAGAGAUCUUGAGAAGGCAACAAACAACUUCCAUGACGGUAACAUUAUUGGUCAAGGAGGUUUUGGGAUAGUCUACAAAGGUCGUCUAAUAGACAACAAAGAAGUUGCUAUCAAGAAGUCAAAAACAGUUGAUCCCAACCAAAUUGAGCAAUUCAUCAAUGAGGUUGUGAUUCUGUCACAAAUUAACCACAAAAAUGUGGUUAAGCUCUUUGGUUGUUGUCUCGAGACAGAGGUACCUUUACUCGUUUAUGAAUUUAUCAACAAUGACACUCUUUUUAACCAUUUACACAACAAGAAGCGGGCAUGUGGAAUUAGUUGGGACAUCCGACUGAAAAUAGGUGCAGAAACUGCAGAAGCCCUCUCAUAUUUGCACUCCGCUGCUUCACCUCCCAUCAUCCAUAGGGACAUAAAGACCACGAACAUACUUCUGGACGAGGAAUUUACAGCAAAAGUAUCCGAUUUCGGUGCUUCAAGAUUGGGCCUUCUUGAUCAAGAUCAACUAUCUACAGUGGUGCAAGGAACUCGAGGAUAUCUGGACCCUGAAUUCUUCCAAACAUUUCAGUUGACAGAGAAAAGUGAUGUUUAUAGCUUUGGAGUCGUUCUUGUGGAGCUACUAACAGGGAAAAAGCCCGUAUGCUUCAAUAGAUCAGAGGGUGAGAUAAGUUUAAGCAAUCAUUUCCUUUCUUCCAUGAAAGAAAACCGACUGUUUCAAAUUCUUGAAGAUUCUGUCGCGUCUGAUGAGAAUAUUGACCAAUUGAGACAAGUUGCUGUGCUUGCCGAACGAUGCCUAAAUGUAAAAGGCGCCGACAGGCCUUCCAUGAAAGAAGUAGCAAUGGAACUGGUAGGGUUGCGAAUCACAUUAAAGCAUACUUGGACUCAAGGUUCUCAAGCUUUAAACCAAGAAGAGAUUGAGCCCCUGAUUGAUCAUCAAGAACAAUCCAAUCCCUCCGGUGGCGGUGAUAUUAUCUUGACAACUACAUAUUAUAGCCUCCAAAAUCACGAAAUACAGCCAAUUGCCCAUGGGAGAUGAUCAUUUGAUUCUGCGGUCAUGGGAAGGACUGGAUUGCAUUUUUACCGUCAUCCUUACUUGUGUUUUUGAUAUUACUAGUGAUUAUGUUGUCACGAUAUGUUAACAUCUUUUUAACGCUAAAGUUCGCAAUUAUAUUUUGGGCAAAUUUCACUUUACCCCCA